AUGACACAGCUGUCAAACUGCUCGGAGACCUCAUGCAUACAGAAUCUCCUCAACCAGAUAGAGAAUAUUACAGUUCUCCCUUUAGCUGUAAAUGAUGUGAAAAAUCUUUUGGAUCUGGCGAUUAAUACUUCAGAGAAGAUUUCCAUCUCAUCAUCAAGUGACCCAAAUAAACUAAAGUCAGAAGGAAACCAGGUGUUAAAAGCCAGCGAGAAGCUCGUCUCCAUGUUGGUGAAGCCGACAAACACUUAUGACAAUGUCAGUUUCACUCGUGACUCUGUAAAGGCACAAGUCUUCAUGGUUGGACCACAGGUCACAUUAAAUGAAAUUCCUCGGCUCAACACAACAAAUGCAUCUGUGGACAUUGAUCUCAUUGGGAUUGUCAAGAAUAACAAUGAAACAGCUGCUGUGGCGUUCAUGAGCUACACCACAAUGGAGAAUCUACUGAAGGCAGAAUUCUUCAACACAUCAGAUAUCACAUCAGUUAAAACCAUGAUGUCCACUGUCAUCUCAGCUACUCUUCCAAAAACCACCAACAAACAGCUCACAAAACCAGUCAACUUCACCCUCAAACACAUCAGAGAGUUUGUGUCUGGAGGGAAUAUGUCGUGUGUGUACUUGAACAUCACUGAGUGGAUUGUAGAUGGUUGUUCUGUUUUAGACACAAACAGCAGCUACACUGUGUGUUCAUGUGUUCAUCUGUCAACAUUCGCUCUCAUCAUGCAAACCAGCAGCACAGCAACAGAGGCUGAUCCACUGAUGGACGUGUUGAAUUUAGUGGCUGUGUCGGUGGGUCUGGUGUUUAAUAGUUUGGCUCUGUUGACUUUUGCUUUCUGUCGAUGGAAACCUGGAGUGAACAAUGUGGCUCGAAUCAACCUCUGCAUCAGUCUGCUGUCGGCUCAUCUUCUGUUCUUACUGACACAACACUUCCUCAAACUCAUCAAACCUGACCAGAUGUUGUGUAAUGUGCUGUCAAGAUUUCUUCACUUUCUCUUUCUCUCCUGCUUUGUGUGGAUGUUCAUUGAAGCUGUGCUGCUCUACAUCUGUGUGAAGAACCUAUCACAGAUCAGCUCCAGACAGAGGGCGGUGCUUAGCAACAGAUUCUUAAUUGUGAUUGGAUAUGUGAUUGCUCUGGUUACAGUGGGCGUGUCUGUUGGAUUGGUUCCUGAAGGCUAUGGCAGUGACAAAUGCUGGAUUGAAGUGCACAAAAGCUUCAUCUGGAGUUUUCUGGGACCUGUUUGUGUCAUUCUUGCGAUAAACACGAUUCUCUUCAUCAGAAUCAUCAUCAGUCUGAACUCAACUCUCACAAAGCUGAACGCUGAAGUUUCACGGAUGAAACAAACCAAGAUUAUGGUUUUUAAAACACUGGCUCAGUUUGUGGUUCUUGGUUGUCCCUGGAUUCUGGGUUUCUUCACUGAAGACAAUAAGAUGAUGGAGAUUCUCUUCCUGAUCCUAAACUCACAGCAAGGAACCUUCAUCUUCCUGAUCUACUGUCUCCUCAAUAAUGAGGUCAGACAACAGUAUGUGAAGGGGUUAAAAGCUUUCUUCCCCGGACUCAAAACCAUAAAAAGUGCUCUCCAAAGAAAAUGAGGACUAGACUGAAUAGAUGACUGGUACAAACCACAAAAGUAGGGUGACCAUUCAUGCCAUUGUAGUUUCAUUCUCAAAUUAAAAAAACAAGCCGCUCCUUUUGACCUUUUCUAAAAUACUUAACCUCGAAGACGUAUACGGUGGACAAAUGCAGGCUCAGAGGACGCACCUGAAAUUGGCAUGUAUGGUCCCCCUACUCCGCAGCAAAAUCAAUGCUUUUAAAUGUACAUGGCAAAAAUUCUUCAUUCUGUGAAAAACGUCUUUUUGCAGCUUUCAAUACUUGUGGUACAAUCUGGGUGAUGGUAUUUCAAGAACGUAUGCUUUUGACUUUGAUUGCCUCUUUUAUCCUUCAAUUAAUAUUUAGUGAGAUGUUCAAUACAGUUUAUGGAAAUGCUAAACAUGAGGUAUGUGUAGUGGUACAAUGACCGAUAAAAUAGAAUUGAAAAAUUUAACUUGAAUAAUUAUAUCUUAAUUUAAUCCCUCGAUAUAAGACCAUCAAAACCUAAAAAACAAAUGGUAUUAGAGAAAUUCCAGCAUUAUGGACGUGACAUAAAAAUGCUGA